AUGGGUCCUCAAAGGUCGAGCACUGUAAUUCCUGGGAUUUCGCCUGUUUCGAGGGACAAUGAUCUGGAAGAAGUUAGAACUGCUACAUCUAGUGAGAAUGAUCUAGAAACAAAUACUGCUGCUAAUGGAAACAGGGGUCAAAAUGGGGGAGGUAACAUUACUAAGAAGAACUAUAAACAAAGAAAACCUCAAUUGAAAUCAUAUAUGAGGCCAUCAGCCAGUGGAUCUUUAUUACUUGAUGACGACGAAGGUAAUAUAAAGAAUUUAUCUUUCCAAGGUGUCCCCAACUCGGCACGUACUAAUGAUAACAAGUCAAUGAACCAGUUCAUAAAUGAUGAACAAGAUCCUUUGAGCCAUAUUCCAAAACAUGACCUCUUUCGAGCAACAUCCACUGCUCCAACCAAAUAUUCUGUAGAAACAUAUCGCCUGAGGUUGGUAAUUCAAACAAUUUUUAUAACAACCGUUAACGGCAGUGAUAUUAGACUAAUGAUACAACAGAGAAAUGAUACUUCCAUGCCCAAUAACACGUUCCCGAUAGAUAAAUCUAAACGAAGAUCAAUCAUUGGAUCCAUUGAUAGCCAAUUGAAAAAUAACCAUUGGAGGAAAGAAUUCAGUGAUGCCUUCAAGAAAAUAUCAGUCAUUUCAAAACUAAAAUUACAAAUGAAUAACCAAUCACACCACGAUGAUGGUAAGAAUGAACUCACUAUGUCAUCUCCAAGAUUAUCUUCAAAUGUACUGAAUGAUGAAGAUACUCCUACUCAAAUGUUAGCGUCUGAUUUAAUCGAUUCCAUGUUGAGUGGAUGUCCGGCUGCCUUGUUUGCUAGUACUCAAUUCUUGAGAGAUGAACAUGGGAAAAGAAGAGCUCCUUUACUUUUAGCAAUGUUGGACAUCACUGUCAAACCAUUGAAUGGGAUUUCUCCAUUUAUAGUGGAUAGCUUCUCAGAAGAGCCAUCUGAAGAUUAUGAAACAGGAAGGAAUGAUGAUGCUGAUGAUAAUGAAAAUAUUAGCGAUGGUAAUAAUCAUGCUAUGUCCUCGAGAAGGACAAGUUUUUCCAGUAUGUCUACCGCAGUAAGAAAUAAGAUAAUUGAGAAGAAAAAUGAUAAUACAAUGUUUAAAUUAGAAUUAGAAUAUGGGAUUGGGUCGACAAGACAAAAAUGGUCAGUAGUAAAAAGUUAUCAAGAAAUAAAUGCAUUACAUACUAAUUUGAAGCUUGUUUCUCUUCAACAAGUAGCUGUUAAUAAGCUAUCAAUUGAAAGUAACCAAUUCAGGAAAAUCAGAUUACCUAGUUUCCCAAAAUUUCCUAAAAAUACAUGGAGAAAAAAUCAUCAUCUUGAAAAAAAUGGAGUCCCGAUCGAUCCAGGCUUUUCAAAUGGAUUGAGAUCCAGAAUGCAAUCUAGGACAACAUUACAAGCUGAUACUGACGAGAAUAAUUCAGCAAGUUCAUCACUAAUCUUUUUCGAUAUAAAUAAAAUCAAAAUGAAACAUUUACAAGAUCUCAUUAGAGAACCAGACGAUGAGUCACAACCAAUGUAUAUAAGGUUGGAACGAUAUUUGAAAUUAUUAAACCUCGCAUUAUGUUUAAGGCCACAAGCUAAUCGACUCUGUGAAUUUUAUGAAUUCUCACCUAUUGGGAACUUAUUAAGCUAUGAAAAUGGGUACCAGGGUAAAGAAGGCCCCAUGAUUAUUAGGUCUACUGCGAAAUCACAAGGUUGGAGAGUAUCACAUUUUAAUGCACAUGAUUUUAAAGAAAUGAUUGAGAGACAUACGGAAAAAUGGUUUUUAGUGCGACAUUCUUAUAUUACGUACGUUUCAGACCUAUGUUCUACCACUCCAUUAGAUGUAUUCCUUGUGGACUCUAAAUUUAAAAUAAAAUGUUCAGGCUUAGAUAAGCGGAAAACUGAAGAAUUAAUACAACAAGAUGUGGAUUGGAAUAAAGAAAGUUCAAGGAAAUUCUCAGUGAAAUUAUUAAUAACUCUAGAAAAUAGUGAAAGAAAAUUGAAAGUGAUUUGUAGUUCUGAAUAUUCAUUAAGACAAUGGAUGAGAUCAAUCAAUUAUAUGUCCAAAUCGACAAUUUGGUCCCAAGUGCACAGAUUCAAUAGUUUUGCUCCCGUAAGGAAGAACUCCUUUUGUAAAUACUUAGUGGAUGGUAGAGAUUAUUUUUGGGCACUAAGUGAAGCAUUAAACAUGGCUAAAGAUGUUAUCUAUAUCCAUGAUUGGUGGUUAUCACCAGAACUAUACAUGCGUCGACCAGUUAAUGGGAAUCAACAAUAUAGAAUCGAUAGAAUUCUGAAGAAAUGUGCAGAAAGUGGGAUUAAAAUUUUUAUUGUCAUUUAUAGAAAUGUCGGUAAUACUGUAGGAACUGAUAGUUUGUGGACUAAACAUUCUAUGUUAGGUUUACAUCCAAAUAUUCAUUUAAUUCGUUCUCCAAAUCAAUGGUUACAAAAUACGUAUUUCUGGGCACAUCAUGAAAAAUUUGUAGUCAUUGAUCAUACUAUUGCAUUUAUGGGUGGAAUUGACCUUUGUUACGGGCGUUACGAUACCCCGGAGCAUGUUCUACGGGAUGAUGCUACUGGUAUUAAAGAUCAAAAUUUCCCUGGGAAGGAUUAUUCAAAUGCAAGAAUUUGUGAUUUUUAUGAGCUCGAUAAACCGUUCGAAUCAAUGUAUGAUAGGAAUGUGAUACCAAGAAUGCCAUGGCAUGAUGUUCAUAUGAUGAUGGUUGGUGAACCUGCAAGAGAUUUAUCUCGGCAUUUUGUUCAAAGAUGGAAUUACUUGUUAAGAGAAAAACGUCCUAGUAGGCCAACACCAUUACUGACACCUGCCAAUGAUUUUACUGCAUGCGAAUUAGAAAGAUCACCAUUUUUCAAAACUUUGAAGAAAAGGUCAACGUGCGAAGUUCAAAUAUUGAGAAGUGCGGGGAAUUGGUCUCUAGGAUUAAAAGAAACUGAAAAAUCAAUUCAAAAUGCAUACUUGAAACUAAUUGAAACAAGUCAACAUUACAUAUAUAUUGAAAAUCAAUUUUUCAUAACAACUUCUACUUGGGAUGGCGUAAUUAUCGAAAAUAAAAUUGGGGAUGCAAUAGUAGAUAGGAUCAUUCGGGCUAACAGUGAAGGUGCAGAAUGGAAGGCCUUCAUUAUCAUUCCAUUAAUGCCAGGUUUUGAUUCUCCAAUUGAUCAACCAGAAGCAUCAGCUUUGCGGGUUAUUAUGCAAUGUCAAUAUCAAAGUAUAUCUCGUGGGGAAACGUCAAUUUUUGCGAGAUUAAGGAAAUUAAACAUUGAUCCUGUACAGUAUAUUCAAUUUUAUUCACUAAGGAAAUGGUCUACAAUUGGUACCGAGGAAAAAUUGGUUACUGAACAACUAUAUGUUCAUGCAAAACUGCUGAUAGUUGAUGAUAGAAGUUGUAUCAUCGGAAGUGCCAAUAUCAAUGAGAGAUCACAAUUAGGGAAUAGAGACAGUGAAGUAGCUGCUAUUGUGAGGGAUACUGAUCUAAUAAAGACUAAGAUGAAUGGCGAAGAUUAUUAUGCAGGAAGGUUUGCGUGGGAACUACGGCAGAGACUAAUGAGAGAACAUUUGGGUUGUGAUGUUGAUUUGGUCGAGAUUGUAGAAAGACAAUUCGGAAGGUUAGAGAAAUUAGCAAAAGAAAAUUAUAGAACGUUGCAUACAUUGGAUACCAAGAAAAAGUCCUCCAAGUAUAACAAAGAAGAUAAAAUAACGUCUUCCAUGAUUGAACUGGCAUAUCGUGAAGUGUUUGACGUCGAUUAUAGCUCUUCAUGGUCGAAUAUAUACCACAGAGAUGAUAUUACGGAAGAUGAACAAGGAGGUGGAAAGAGAGGUUCCUAUGUUUCCUCAAGUAAAUUUGGUAUAAAUUUAGAAGAAUUUAUGAAAACAACGUCAGAAGUUGAGGCGUAUGAUGAAGUGUGCAAUGUUUUGGAUUCGUUAGAAGAAGAAAUUGGCAAUAAGAAAAUGGAAUUACCAAUUAGAAACACGAGGGGACAAACACAAACAGAUCCGCCGGUACCUUUACAUUCUUUCAAUUUUAGAGCUGGCACAGCAAACCUUGGAAUCAGAGACAACAAAUCUAUAAGUGCAGAUCCCAGAUUGAUUGGAAAUAAAGUACAUACUGCAGAUGUUAGUGGUGAUGGUCCGGAUGGAUGGAAUAAAGUUACAGAUGAAUUCAAGGAAUCUGUUACAGAGCAGCUGAAAGAUUGGGCACUAAAGGCAUUAUCAAGUAGAGUCAUAGAUGAUAAAGAAAAAUCCAAGACUGAUUUACGCUAUGAGGCAUCGUUUGAUUUCUUACCAGAUAAAAGGGAUAUUGAAAAGUACCUUAAUUGUCUAGAAAUAUCCGAUAUCAAAAAAUGGGAUAUGUUGAAAAGGAUUUGUUAUUUACAACGUUUAUCAUACAAAAUUAAAGUACUUGCUGAUUCCAAGACGAAUGUGAGCAAUGAAGAAAAUACUAGUACCAACUCCAGUUCAGAACAAUCAGAUAAUAGGACAGACCCAGGCAGCUUAGGAGAGUUAGAUGAUGAUGCUGUAGAUGAAUUAUUGUCACAAAUCACACCGUCUGUUACGAACAACGAGGAUUUUGACAGGCGAUUGUUGAACCUAAAAUUUGUUGAUCCUUAUUGUUUCGGAGAUCCAUUAGCUGAAACGUUCUAUGAUGAUGUAUGGACAGCAAUUGCAUUAAGAAACACAUUGAUCUUUAGAUUUGUUUUCCAUUGUCAACCUGAUAACGAUGUACAGACUUGGAGAGAUUAUAAAGAAUUUAACAAAUUAUCCCAAGAAUUUAUUGAUGAACAGAACAAAUCUAUCGAAACUGCAUUGGCAAUGGAAAAAUCAAAUGAGUCAUCUACCAAAUCAGGUUCUACGAAUUCUGAUGACUUACCAAUUCCAAAAGAAUCAGAUAGAAAUGUUAACAAAGGAGAAAAACUUAUUGAUGUUCCCGUAAACAAAACUGUACCAAGGGAUGAUGAGAAUGAGAAAGCAACCACGAACAAAGACUUAGAGGAGAAGUCUAUGAACGCAUUGAAGAAGAAAACAGUCUCAAGAUUAAAAAUGCGAUUCUCUAACAGUUUAUUGUACGGAUUUAAACAAAGAACCUUUGAUAGACAUACAUCUCGUAGAUUACUUGAAAGAGUACAUGGCAAUUUAGUGAUAUUUCCAACAGAGUGGCUAGCUAAAGAAGUCGAAUCUAAAAAUUGGUUUUAUAGUGCUGAUAGAUUACCACCAAUCGAAAUAUACGAUUGA